UGUUUAAAUAUUGAGGGUGGGUGUAUCUCUCUCUCUCUCUCUCCCUCCCUUUCUCGAUGUCUCUCUCUAUCUCUCCGGUAGCUGUCGUGUAAUGGUAGUGAAAUAGUCAUCAUUGCUUGAAGCGCAUAGUAAAGAAAGCAUGGCUGCCAGUCGGGUACUCGUAUACGGGGGAAGAGGUGCACUGGGUAGCAAAAUUGUUCAGCACUUUAAAUCUAAAGGAUGGUGGGUAGCCAGCAUCGACAUCGUUGCCAGUGAGGAGGCAAACGCGAACGUGCUGGUGAAGUUGUCCGAGUCAUUUACCGAGCAAGCAGGACAGGUGACAGCAGAUGUGGCCCAGUUGCUAGGGGACCAGAAAGUGGAUGCCAUCUUGUGUGUGGCAGGCGGAUGGGCUGGAGGAAAUUGCAGGUCCAAAGACCUGUACAAAAACACAGACAUGAUGUGGAAGCAGAGUGUGUGGACCUCUACCAUAUCUAGCCACCUGGCUGCUGUGCACCUGAAGCAGGGUGGACUACUGACUCUGGCUGGGGCUAAAGCAUCACUGGGUGGUACUAGUGGCAUGGUGGGCUAUGGCAUGGCCAAGUCAGCAGUCCACCAACUCUGUCAGAGUCUAGCAGGAGAAGACAGUGGGAUGCCCCUUGGAGCUGUGACUGUUGCCAUACUACCGGUAACCUUGGAUACUCCAAUGAACAGGAAGUUCAUGCCUGAUGCAGACUUUGGUUCCUGGACACCACUGGAGUACAUUGCAGAAACUUUCUUCAGUUGGGCCACCGGUGCGGAUCGUCCAGCAUCGGGCAGUCUGAUGCAGCUCACCACCACUGGAGGCAAGACACAGGCCCUACCCACACAAUAAGACACAUUUCCUACCCACAUAAUAAGACACAAGCCCUACCCACACAAUAAGACACAAGCCCUACCCACACAAUAAGACACAAGACCUACCCACACAAUAAGACACAGGCCCUACCCACACAAUAAGGCACAUGUCCUACCCACACAAUAAGGCACAUGUCCUACCCACACAAUAAGACACAGGCCCUACCCACACAAUAAGACACAGGCCCUACCCACACAAUAAGACACAGGCCCUACCCACACAAUAAGACACAUUUUCCUACCCACACAAUAAGACAUAGACCCUACCCACACUAUAAGACACAUUUCUACACACAUAAUACGACACAAUACCUACCCACACAAUAAGACACAGGUCCUACCCACACAAUAAGACACAGGCCCUACCCACACAAUAAGACACAUUUCCUACCCACACAAUAAGACACAUUGCCUACCCACACAAUAAGACACAGGUCCUACCCACACAAUAAGACACAUUUCCUACCCACACAAUAAGACACAGGCCCUACCCACACAAUAAGACACAGGCCCUACCCACACAAUAAGACAUAGGCCCUACACCCCUAAUCAGACACAGGCCCCACCCACACAAUAAGACACAGGACCUACCCACAAAAUAGAGGAGGGAGAAGUGGAGAGGGAGGGGGAAAGAGAGAGAGAAGGAUGAAAUUAGUCACAAUGAGAAAGAAGACUGAAGGAUGAGAUACUUUUGAUAAUGUAGCGUAUGUGGACACCUGCUUAUCAUCUCAUUCCAAAAUCAUGGGCAUUAAUAUGGAGUCGGUCCACCCAUUGCUGCUAUAACAGCCUCCAUUCUUCUGGGAAGGCUUUCCACUAGAUGUUGGAACAUUGCUGCUGGGACUUGCUUCCAUUCAGCCACAAGAACAUUAGUGAGGUCGGUACUGAUGUUGGGUGAUUAGGCCUGGCUCAUAGUCGGUAUUCCAAUUCAUCCCAAAGGUCUUCGAUGGGGUUGAGGUCAGGGCUCUGUGCAGGCCAGUCAAGUUCCUCCACACCUUUGUACAAGGGGCUUUGUCAUGCUGAAACAGGAAAGGGCCUUCCCCAAACUGUUGCCCCAAAGUUGGAAGCACAGAAUAUCCUAGAAUGUCAUUGUGUGCUGUAGCAUUAAGAUUUCCCUUCACUGGAACUAAGGGGCCUAGCCCAAACCAUGAAAAAACAGCCCCAGAAAAUUAUUCAUUCACCACCAAACCUUACAGUUGGCACAAUGCAUCCGUGCAGGUAACGUUCUCCUGGCAUCCGCCAAACCCAGAUGCGUCCAUCGGACUGCCAGAUGGUUAACCUUUGGGUGGUGGACCAUUUUUGAUAUACACGGGAAACUGUUGAGUGUUGCAGUUCUUGACACAAACCUGUGCGCCUGGCACCUACUACCAUAGCCUGUUCAAAAGCACUUAAAUAUGUUUUAUUGCCCAUUCACCCUCUGAACGGUACAUAUCAUUCACCUAGAUUCACCUGGUCAGUCAAUGUCAUGGAAAGAGCAGGUGUUCUUAAUGUUUUGUACUCAGUGUAUAUCUCUCUAUUAUGUGUGGGAAUACUUUGGAACAGAUUUCCAAAAUUACAAUCACUUGGAGCUGAUUUGCUGGUGUUUUUAGAGUAUUUUAUGUCCAACAAUAAUUAAAACUAUAUAUAUAUACAGUAUAUUUAUUUUUAAGAAAGCUUGGGGGGCCAAAAAUUUGGCCUGCGGGCCGCCAGUUGGGGAACCCUACCUCUAUGCCCUACCUCUAUAACCUACCUCUUUCCAUGACAGACUGACCAGGUGAAUCUAGGUAAAAGCUAUGAUCCCUUAUUGAUGCCAUUUGUUAAAUCCACUUCAAUCAGUGUAGAUGAGGGGGAGGAGACAGGUUAAAGAAGGAUUUUUAAGCCUUGAGACAAUUGAGACAUGGAUUGUGUGUGUGUGUACCGUUCAGAGGGUGAAUGGGCAAUAACAAAUAUUUAAGUGUUUUUGAACGGGCUAUGGUAGUAGGUGCCAGGCACACCGGUUUGUGUCAAAAACUGCAACACUCAACAGUUUCCUGUGUGUAUCAAAAAUGGUCCACCACCCAAAGGACAUCCAGCCAACUUGACACAACUGUGGGAAGCAUUGGAGUCGACAUGGGCCAGCACGCUUUCGACACCUUGUAGAGUCCAUGCACUGACGAAUUGAGGUUAUUUUGUACAGUCAGUGUAUGUGACCUUAUAGAAAUGUAAGCAAAGUUUGAAAUGAUUAUGUUUAAGUGAAAUAUUAUAUCUCUUUGGACUUCUUGUGGUCGAUUUACCGUCGAUAAAUGGCUGAAUAUAGUUGAUUAUCCCUGGUAUAGAGAGAUGGAGAGGAGGGAGGGGAAGGUAAGAGAUCGUGGAGGGGAAUAAAAAUAUGCCCACAAUAGUGUUAGAAUGAAUCAGUUGCAGAGGAAACAUGAACCUCAAGUACAUUUACUUAUUUUGAACUCUUUUAGUUAGAUCCCGUUUGAAAUUGAUGAAAAUGAAGUAAGCCGCUGUCUUAAUGUCAAACGUACAAUGCAUUUCAGUGGAGUUGCCAUACUCUGCGUCUUGUGUCGAGUGUACUCAAUAUGCGUGUGAUAGGUUGAUUGAAGAUGUACUGUCUAAGUACUAUUAUCAGUAUCUCAUAACACUAUUUUUUGUUUGUGCUGUUUGAUGUGGUUUUACCUCCUCUGUCUCAAUUUGAAUAAAAAUCCACAUUAAUCACAA